AUGGUAACUCAAUGUACACGUUUUGAUCGACUUAUGUCAAAUAGUGAUAAUCGUAAAAUGGAUAUGUAUAUUCAAAAUUUGGUAAAAAAAUUUAAUGCAAAAUUAGGUGGUGUUAAUCAAUUUGUAUCAUUAAUGCGUGCAUUAGCAUCACCAUCAGCUCGUUCAGAUAUAUUUAUGUUUUUUGGUAUUGAUUGUACACAUAUAACAUGCUCACGUGAACGACCAUCGAUUGCUGCUAUUAUUGGAUCAAAAGAUUCAACAAGUGUGUAUACACAAUGUGCUGGUCGUGUUGUACAACAAUUUUCACCAAAAGGAAAAAUAGCUCUUGAAAUAGUUAAAGAUCUUCAUAUACUUGUUGGUGAAUUAUUAUGUGAAUUUUCUAAUCAUAAUUCACGUUUACCAAAUAAACUUGUUUUUUAUCGAGCUGGUGUUGAUGAUGGAUCAUUUCAAAAAGUACUUGAUAAUGAAUUACGAGCUAUUCAACGAGCAUGUAAAGAAUUAUAUGGUCAUAAUCAAUUACUACCUCAAAUUUAUAAAAAAUCAAAUCAAACAAAUAAUCUUCAACCAGGAACAGCUAUUGAUACUGAUAUUGUUUCACCAAAUGGUUUUGAUUUUUAUCUUAAUUCUCAUGCUGCUAUACAAGAUGAUAUUCAACAAUUAACGUAUUAUUUAUUUCAUACUGAUGUACGAUGUACAAAAUCUGUAUCUGUUCCUGCACCUGUUCAUUAUGCAACACUUUGUGUUUCACGUGGUCUUAAUCUUGAUUAUGAAGGACAAAUGGCAAAUGAAUAA